UCCGUCUGCAUCCUCAACUUCCUCCCCUCUCCCGUCCGCCUCACCCUGCCGCCACGAUGCCGUCCAAAACGUCUGGGCGCAUCGAAAAGGUGCGCAAAAACAAGUACUCGACCCCCCACCAGAAAAACCACCGGUGGGAGUCCUUCUCGACCAAGAUCGCAAAGUUCAAUUCCCUGCAGCCGCUGCGCAAAGUCCGCCGCCAUGACCUCGACUCGGAAGACUUGUCGGCCACGACGUCGUACUUCCAGAAUGGCUUGCAGAAGUGGGGGGAGCUCAACAUCUCGAAGCCCUUCUGCGGCUUCAAGAAGCACGUUCUCCCGCUUUCCGAGAGCCUGGCCCAGAUCCUGCAUUUCGAGGACAAGAUCAUGGCCCUCUUCGCCGAGUACAUAUCUCUGCAGGACAAGGACGCGCUGGAGCCCCUGUUGGACCUCUUGACAGCUUUUGCGCACGAUCUGGGCGUUCGAUUCGAGAAAUACUACUCGCAGAGCUUGGACCUGCUGCUCGCCAUUGCUGGCAAGCCGCAGGAUGUGGAGGUCAUCGAGUGGACUUUUGGCGCCUUGGCCUUCCUGUUCAAGUACCUGUCGAAGCUCCUCGUUCCCAAUCUCCGGCCGACCUUCGACGUUAUGGCGCCUCUCCUCGGAAAGUCGAAGCAGCCGCAGCACAUUGCUCGCUUUGCCGCCGAGGCUCUGAGCUUCCUGGUCCGAAAAGCCGCCGCCCCGUCCCACCGCGAGACGGCCCUUAAGCCGCUUGUCGAGCACAUCAGACACGACCUUUGCAGUGUAGCCGAAGAUCGCCAAUUCACCUUGUACAAAGACGGCAUCAUGACCAUGUUCGCCGAGUCCAUCAAGGGGACGGAGUACUCAAUCCAUUCCGUCGGCAGCGCCGUCAUUACGACACUCAUCGAUGCUAUUCCGGAAGAUGAGAGUAGAUUGGCUAGGGAUACUAUCUGGACCGACGUUGUCUGCGGUGUCUUGACGAGCACCAUACACCACGCCACUGUGGACACCUUUGGUGAUGCUGCGGGGGAUGUCCUCGACUGUAUCAAGGCCAGACGAGAACACAUCCAACAAUCCUCCACGCAGUGGCAAACGGUACCCCUCUUUAAAAUUCUCGGGGUCAUGGCGGGUGUUCGCAGAGGUACCCGAAUCAAAGUCUGGGACAGCGUCAUUCUCGAGCUCGUCUCAACACUCAACAUCACUGGCAAGGCGAAUGAAGACGUUCGUCAGGACGAGAAUGAUAUUCUUUGGACGGCAGUCAUCUCCAAAGUUGCCAUCAUCUUGCAUCAUGCGCCGAUUGAUGCACUUAUACCACACAUUUCUUCCCUCAAUCAGUCCCUUACCCGAGGACCGUUGAUGCAUUGGUUCAUUCCUUUCUGCUCCUACUUUUGCGAUUUGGACGCAAGUCGCUUCGGGAGUCUGUUUCGAACUGAGUUUCAGAGGUUCGUGGCAACACACUGGUCACAAGGCGAGAACGAGGACGUUCUCUGCGUGCUUCUGCCGCGCAUGAUCAAGAACCGAGCGUUCCCACCUCUCGGUGACAAGGACUGCUUCAAGUUGCCUCAGGCUUGGCAGGACCAGAUCGUGUCCAAAUUCGAGCGACUGGAAAUCUCCCCCUUUCCCGAGCGCGGCCCAUACAACAAGGACCCGCAGGAAUGGCGGGAUCGUUGCCUUCCAAAGUAUGCCGGCCUGCUUCAUCUUCUGGAGAUUACAGCCGUGCACCCAUCUACGAAUGCUCGUAUCGCUGAGCUACUUCUGAGGAAGCUCAAGUUGGCGCUGCGGCCCUCGUCAUCUCUGGCGUCGGACGAGGUCAACUUCAUCGUCAGCCAAGGAUUUCACGCAUAUAUCCGUAUGAGCAAAGCGUCUGGAUCCGUGGACGCCACGCUCAGCCCUCUACUCCAUGCUGCCGUGCCACGUUUCGGCCGUUCCGUCGGUUUCUUGCGAUCCUAUCUUGCGUAUGAGAGUAUCCAACCGGCCAAAUCCCAUGGCAACGACAAGUCACCAAGUACCAGCAGUGAAAGUUCUGCGUCUGAGGAGGAUCCAGUGGUGACGGCCUUGGUAGAGAACCUCAGCUCUCCAUCCCACGAUAUUCGCUUGGCUUCAUUGGAGUUGUUGAAAGGGAUAGAUGCCACCCACGGGACAUCCGAGUGUGUUGACCUCAUGGUACAAGUCGAACAGAUGCCCUUGGCCCUAGAGAACACGAGGACCAUGGCCAUGCUUCUGCGCAAGCUCGGCCAACUAUAUACCUCGGUCGAUCACUCUUCCUGGCUUGGGACAGCCGUGCCUCGCUUUGUUUUUGGCAUGCUUACCGUCAAGCUCUCACCUGUGUGGGACAGCGCCGUAGAAGCGCUGCAGCUGAUUACGCAAACAAAGCCCGGGGAGGAGGCGGUGGCUACGAUUGCCUUCCAGUGGCUAGAGACUCAGUCUGCCCGUUGGACACCACCCAACUCGGAACUUGCCGGCUCUGGACGACGGAUCUACACCGACUUCGAAUGCACGGCCCUGGGGGGACUUGAGAAAGCUGCGGACGGCAUCCUCGACCUCACGGAAAAGGCAGACGGUGAGCUGCUGCGAGAAUUCGACGACAAACAACAACUAGCCGAGCCGGUCGUAGUGACGGCCAGGGCACGUGCUCUCAAGGUCCUGAAUGGUAACACCUUCAUCGCGGAGAAGAGAUCUCGUCAGCUUGUGCCGCAUUUUCUAUCGUGGGCUCUCGAAGAUGAUGAAGGAGAUAAUGCGGCCACCGAGGGAGUCGCUUCUCUGGAGGGGUCCUCCUGGUCCUUGGCCGACCGAAAGGCAAUGCUUGGUGUCUUCUCGCAGUUUGUCAACCCCAAGGUGCUAUACAAACAUGAAAAAGUGUACGAGGCACUCCUACAGCUCAUGGAAAACGGCGACAUCGAGGUGCAGAAGCUCGCGCUCAAAGCCAUCUUGGCUUGGAAGCAAGAUGGCGUCAAGUCGUACCAGGAGAACCUCGAAUACUUGCUUGAUGAGGCUCGAUUCAAGAAUGAGCUGGCGGUAUUCCUGCAGAGCGACGAUAUAAUCAAACCCGAGCACCGACCCGAGUUGCUACCGGUCCUGUUGAGGCUCCUCUACGGCCGCACUAUCUCAAAGAAGGGCGCGGCGAGCGGCAGAAACGGGCUACAGGCCACGCGACUUGCCGUUUUGCGAAACUUGUCGGUCGAAGAUAUGGGCAGCUUCCUGGAUAUCGCCGCUGGCAAGCUGAAGGACGUUCGCGUAGUCGUUCCUGCUUCUCAGCGGGAGAAGCUUUUCAGCAACCCGGUCAUCUCUGUCCGCAAGCAGAUGGGUUUCCUCAACAUGAUCUCAUCUCUGAUCUCAGAGCUCGGGACCAAUGUGGAUCCCUACAUGGAUACGCUUGUCAACACGGUACUGUAUUGCUUGGUCUACUCUUGCAGGCACCUUGGCGGAGUGACCGCAGAGCCGACGAUUGACGCCGAAGAGCACGAAGAAAAAAGCAGUGAUCAUUCGCUUCUGAAAGUGACGAGGUCUUUGGGCAUCAAAUGCUUAAACUUGCUCUUUCAGAAUGCGCAAAGCUUCCAAUGGGACCCAUACCAGGACAUAAUUUUGGUGGAGGUCGUCGCCCCGAGACUCGAAAACCUCCCCGUGGAGACUACGCAGGGCAUCUCGGGCAUGAUGCAGCUCAUGUCGACAUGGUCGGUCCUCCCCAAGGCGGCAUUGUUCCUUGGCCCCCAUGGGAAGAGCCUACCCAAGGGGGCCUUGCCAAAGCUCAUCACUUGUCUGUCCAUUGGGAAGACAAAGGAUGAGGUCAAAAUAUUUGUUCUUGGCAUUCUGCAAAGCUUGGUCAAGCUCGCUUUGGCACCAGCGACUGAAUCGGAAUUCAACGAAGUUAUUAAGGCUGAUCUUCUGGAUCCGAAUGCAGAGGCAAUGCUGGCCAACAUUUCUACAGUUGUCAAGACAUCGACCAUCAGCAACGACCUCUUGGAGGCAUGCGUGGAGACGAUUCUAGCAUUUGCCCCCAUCCUCCAGGACUUGAAGAAUGCGCAAUCCGUCAUCAGGAUUUGUAGCUUCCUCCUUCAGCAGCCCCCGCGCCGAGUGAGCCCCAAGACCAAGGGUAGAAUCCUGCUCAUUGUGGAGAGAUUUGUUGCUCUGCCAGACGCUGCUGAGGAUCCGACUUUGCUCCGCGACGUUUACAAUACGCUGUCAUCACUCUUCAGCUAUUUCAAGGAUAGAGAAAACCGCCAAUCGCUGUCUCGGGCCAUGACUGCGAUAUCUGAACAAGAUGCUGAGGUGGCGGAAGUCGCCAGUCUGUGCAAAGAGCUGAACUCGUUCAAGGAGGGGCGCCUUGAUGAGCCAGACUACGAUAGACGGCUUGCGUCUUUCACUACAAUAUCGACGGAGCGAGACGUGCCGUGGACCCCCAAGCAGUGGUUGCCGCUUCUGCAUAAUUUGGUCUUCUUCAUGAAGGUCGACGAGGAGUUCGGUGUUUUGUCCUCAAAUUCUGCCGACGGAAUGCGUCGCUUCGUCCAAACCGUGGCGAGCUGCGCGACCAGCGAGCUCGCUGAAGGGUUCGACGAACAAAUGAGGACAGUCGUCUUGCCCUCAAUUUACUCUGGCGCGCGAGACUCAUCUGAGACUGUGCGCCGAGAGUACCUACGAGUAUUUGGAUUUCUCUUGACGGUGAUGCCUGAGUGGGACCCUGUCGCCGAUCUCAGCGGUCUCUUGAACGACCGUCAAGAAGACUCGUCUGAACCGUCCUUCUUCUUCAAUAUCCUAAGCCCUGCGACAGCGAGACAACUCGAGGCUCUCAACGCUCUUCAAUUGGCGAACGAGGGCAAGGAAAUGAGCAGCCAGAACCUGGGCCAAUUCUUUAUCCCCUUGCUGGAACACUUUGUGUACGGUCGAGCAGACGGGGGCGAUGAUCACGGCCUCGGCGCACAAGCAACAACCACCAUCGGCAGCUUGGCCAUGUCUCUCCACUGGAACCACUGGCGAACCACCUUCCACCGUUAUAUCAGCUACAUCGAGUCUCGUCCUGAAGCGCAGAAGCAGACAGUAAGAUUAUUGGGCAAAUUCGCCGAUGCACUGGUUCUGUCAGUUGCCGAUCCGGCGACCGAGGCUAUGGACGUGGACGAGGCGGAGGCAUCGCCAGCCGAUGGAAAGAGGCUGCGUCAGACUGCUCCCAAGACCCCACAGCUGGCUAUCGAUAUCUUGGACUAUUUCCUGCCUCCGCUCGUCAAGCAUCUCCACGAAAAGGAUGAGUCCGAGGUCAGCUACCGAGUCCCCGUUGGCGUCGUCGUCGUCAAGCUUCUCAAGCUCUUGCCUCCUGAGCAAAUGAAUCAGAGGCUUGCCGGCGUCCUCACAGACAUUUGUCAUAUUCUACGCAGUAAGGCGUGGGAGUCGAGAGAGAUGGCCCGAGACACUUUGGUGAAGAUCGCUGUCAUCCUUGGCUCCUCAUUUUUUGGAUUCAUUCUCAAGGAGCUGCGAGGCGCCCUGACCAGGGGCUACCAGUUGCACGUUCUCUCCUACACGAUGCACUCCAUUCUCGUCGCCACGGUCCCGACCUUCUCUCCGGGAGACCUGGACCACUGUCUGCCCGCCAUCGUCAACGUCAUCAUGGACGACAUUUUCGGCGUUAUUGGUCAGGAGAAGGAUGCAGAGGGCUACACCACGCAGAUGAAAGAGAUCAAGAGCAGCAAGAGUCAAGACUCGAUGGAACUCGUGGCAAAAAAUGCAUCGGUCACCCAUCUCAUUCACCUGGUCAAGCCUCUACAAGCCCUUCUCCUGCAAAAGGUAGACCUCAAGAUGGUACGAAAGAUUGAUGCGUUGAUGGGCCGUAUCGGCGUAGGCCUCUUACAGAACCCUGGGGCAGAGACCCGUGAUACGCUCGUCUUCUGCUACGAAGUCAUCCAAGCAACAUACCGGGCGCAGCAGCCGGAGGCAAUCCAGAAGUUGGAUCCGAGGAUUAGAAAGUACCUGGUCCAGAAAGGAGCCAGGAAGAGCGGCGAGCGCGGCAAGACCACGAAGCACACAUACAAGCUGGUCAGGUUCGCGCUCGAUAUCUUGCGAUCCAUGCUCAAAAAGCAUGACAGCUUGAGGACCCCGGCCAACAUCGCCGGAUUCAUCCCGGUGCUCGGCGAUGCCAUUGUAGAUGGCGAGGACGAGGUCAAGAUUGCUGCAUUCCGCCUUCUUGCUGUCAUUGACAAGGUACCCUUCACGUCGGACGACGGCAAGAACAUUUACAAAGUCGCAGUCAAGGAGGCAACCAAGAGCAUAUCGAUGUCGACAUCCACGACUACGGAUCUCUCCCAGGCCGCCCUAAAAAUGCUUUCUGUGGUCCUUCGCGAUCGCCGAGACGUCGUUGUCAAGGAUGCUGCCGUGGACAUGCUCUUGGGCAAGCUCAAGGACGACUUCACCGAGCCGCUUUAUCGCCAUGUCACGUUCAACUUCUUGCGGUCCGUCCUGGAUCGGCGAAUCGAAACUGCACUCGUGUACGAUACCGUGGACCACGUCGGCACGGUGAUGAUCAUCAAUGACGACAAAGAUACGCGAGACCUAGCUCGUGGCGCGUUCUUCCAGUUCAUCAAGGACUAUCCGCAAAAGAAGGCGCGCUGGAGCAAGCAGCUUGACUUUGUUGUCGCCAACCUCCAGUACAAGCGCGAAGGUGGCAGGCUGUCUAUCAUGGAGGUCAUCCACCUACUACUCAUGAAAUCCUCAGACGAGUUUGUCCAAGAAGUCGCGGGAACUUGUUUCCUGCCCCUCUUCUUCGUUCUUGCCAACGAUGAUAGCGACAAAUGUAAGCUGGCGGCUGGCGAGCUGCUAAAAGAGAUCUUCCACAAGUCGGACAAGGAGCGCACACAGAAGUACCUGACCCUUCUGCGGUCUUGGCUGCAAAAAGACGACAACCCAUCCGUCCUCCGACUUGCGCUGCAGGUAUUCGGCUACUACUUCGAGUCCAACGACGAUGCACAAAAGAACACGAAGGACUGCAAGCUAGUGCUCGAAAAGGCGGCGGGUAUACUUGGAUCCGAAGAUGUGAGCGUCAUGGACGAGCAGCUCGUCGAGACAACGCUUGGGGUUGUCCGGCUCUUCACCACGACGAUGCGCGCGCAGACACUGUCAGCGGACAGGGAAGAACUGUGGGCUGACGUUGCGGGCUGUUUGCGGCACCCCCAGCCGAUGGUCAAGUUGGCGACUGUGAAGCUCAUCAACUCGUACCUGGUUGAUUUUGCGAAGCAAAAAGCGAGCACCUCGUCUGGUGAGACCAUCGAGGGCUCGCAUGGGCUCGCGUUAACUGUCAAUGACGUGCAUCGUCUUGCCCGUGUGUCUCUGGGCACGUUAAACGGCAACGAGGUGGACGAGGCGCUCGCCUCGGAGCUCGUGCAGGUACUGGUGUUUCUGGGCUCCUGUCUUCCAGCUACGUCGACAGUCGUGGACGAGACUGGCCUCGAAGCCGACGAGGAGGAUGACGAUGUGGAGGAGGCCGAUGAAGGUGACGAAGAGCGGAAGAAGACUCUGGACUACCUCUUCUGGAGACUGUCCCACAUUCUGCGCAAGGAGGUUCGACCCAAGGCAAUGGCCAUUAACGGCAAGGUUGCUGCAAUGGAGGUCAUGGAGACGAUAUUCCGCCGGCGCUCCCUCAACCAGACACGGCCGUCGCUCAAGACCAUCUUGUCGCCAUUGGCGCAGCUCACGGACCCGUCCAUCCCGACACCGUUCAGCAACGACGAGGUCUUCAAGACUAAGCUCGAGGGCGUCAAGACCCGGGCCCAGAUCCUCAUGGACUCGCUGCAGAAGAAGUUUGGGACGAGCGAGUACAGCACGGUGCUUAUGCAGGUGCGCGAGGAGGUCAAGGCGAGACGGCAGCAGAGAUCGGCCAAGCGCAAGAUUGAGGCGAUUGCACAGCCAGAGAAGUACGGCCGGGACAAGCGCAAGAAGUUUGAGAAGAAUAGGGAUCGCCGCAAGGUGCGGUCGAGGGAGCAAAAGCAGGCGCGGCAGUCAUACAAGGGGUGGUAGCGUCGUCGACACGUUACAAGCAUGCAUCGGUGCGGCGUUUUGGAAUGGGAAAAGAGGCUCCUCUAUUUAGUGCAUGGCCCCGCGGCGUUCUGGGCCCAUCUAAUUAUCAUACAUGG